GGCGGAACGACCACGAAUGAUAUGAUAAAAAGGUGUUUCACACUUUACAAACAGCAUGCUUCGCAGUUUGCGUCGUUAAGGGUACGCACGGUACGCAUAGUACCUCCAAGCGAAAACCUUUGUGUUGGUGUGCGCAGAGUUAUCUUCACAACAGUUACAGAACCAUCAGAAAUGGCAUUUACCAGUUGCAUCCUGAAAAAUGUAGACAGUGGUCAAAGUGUGAAGCUGUGUGCAGGGAAGCAGUUUGUGGGAAGGUCACGAGAAACAAAAAUUCAAGAUACUCGAUGCUCUAAGAAGCAAGUCGAAUGUGAUGUGGACCUGGAUGUCGGCUCCAUCGCACUGCGGGUGCUCGGUGCCAACCCGUCAGCUGCCGGUGGGCUGGAGCUGACUGCCGGCCAGACAGCCACCCUCCGACAUGGUGACAGUCUGCAGCUGCUGAGCGGCCGACACGAGUUUGUCGUGCAGUUCAGCCCGACGCCAGGCCGAGGCCAGUCGGAGGCUGGCAAGCGCAAGGAGUGUGAAGAUGGGACCUCCGGAGAGAAGGACGGGUCCUCUCUAAAGCGGCCGCGCUCCGAGGCUACAGCAGAGGAGUCCUUUGAACCUAACAUGAUGGAGACCAAGGAGGAGGAGUGGACGUCGGCGGAAAACGAUGGAAUUCUCUUAUUUAUCACUAAAGGAGUGAAGCCGGCUGCCAGAAUCGCCGCAUUCGAUAUCGAUGGUACUAUUAUCACUACAAAGUCUGGAAGAACUUUCGCGAAAGAUCGAGACGACUGGCAAAUUCUGUGCUCGGAGGUUCCAGGAAAGCUUAAGGAACUCGUCCAUCGUGGCUUCAAGAUCGUGUUUAUCACGAAUCAGAUGGGCAUCAGCAAGAACAAGCUGCAGCCGGAGGACCUGCGCGUGAAGCUGCGCAACAUCACGGCCCGGCUGGGCGUGCCCGUCCAGUGUCUCAUCUCGCCUGGCGACCGCUGGUUCCGCAAACCCCGGCCCGGCAUGUGGGAGUACCUGACCACAAAGGGUAACGGCUCGUGCAAGGUCGACAUGUCGGAGAGCUUCUAUUGCGGAGACGCUGCUGGCCGUCUGGAGGGCUGGCAACCCAAGAGGAAGAAGGACUUCUCCUGCUCUGAUCGGCUGUUUGCGCUGAACAUCGGCCUCCGCUUCUGCACGCCCGAGGAGCUGUUUCUGGGACGUCCGGCCACGCCCAAAUACCAGCUGCCUGCGUUCGACCCGCGAGCCGCCGUCGACGAAGGAAAGCGGAUGGCUCCAGAGACCGCUGCCAGGGCGGAACAAGAGGUGGUCGUGCUGGUGGGGCCGCCCGGUUCUGGCAAGAGUCACGUGACCCGGCGUCAGCUGGUGCCGGCUGGCUACGUGCCGGCCAACAGAGACACGCUCAAGUCCUGGCAGAAGUGCGUCCAAGUGGUGGAGCAGGCUGUCAAGGAGGGCAAGAGCGCUGCCGUCGACAACACGAACGGCGACCGGGAGAGUCGGCAGCGGUACGUGGCGCUGGGCCGGCGCCUGGGCGUACCGGUCCGAUGCCUGCUGAUGGCCACCUCGCUGGCCCAGGCCAAGCACAACAACAAGGCCUGA